AUGGCGUUGGAGGCGGCGUGUGAGCUGGAGAGCAACGCGCUGGGCGCGCUGCUGCGGGACGCGCGGUAGGCAGAGCGCACGCUACUGCUGGACUGCCGGCCCUUCCAGGCAUUCUGCCGGCGCCACGUGAGAGCUGCGCGCCCAGUACCCUAGAACGCGCUGCUGCGGCGCCGCGCGUGCGGCCCGCCAGUCGCCGCUCUCGCCUGCUUGCUGCCCGACCGUGUGCUGCGGAUGCGCCUGGCUCGCGGGGAGCUGGCGCGCGCCGUGGUGCUGGACCAGGACAGCGUGUCGGUGGCCGAACUCGCAGCCGACGGCCCGGCCCGCGUGCUGCUCACGGUACUGCUGCUUGAGACCCGCGCAGCGCCUACCGCCGUGUGCUUCCUGCGCGGAGGUUUCGACAGUUUCCAGGCCUGCUGCCCUGAUCUGCUGUGUUCAGAGUCCCCUGCCCAGGCAUCACCCCCUACAGGAACCGGAAACAGCCUCUCAGAUCCCAGGGCUCCCUUCUAUGACCAGGGUGGCCCCGUGGAGAUCCUGCCUUACCUCUUCUUGGGCAGCUGCAGUCACUCCUCGGACUUGCAGGGACUGCAGGCAUGUGGCAUCACAGCACUGCUCAACGUCUCUGCUGGCUGCCCCAACCACUUCGAGGGCCACUUCCGCUACAAGAGCAUCCCCGUGGAGGACAGCCAGAUGGUGGAGAUCAGUGCCUGGUUCCAGGAGGCCAUAGGCUUCAUCGACUCGGUGAAGAACAGUGGAGGCCGGGUGCUGGUGCACUGCCAGGUGGGCAUUUCACGCUCUGCUACCAUCUGCCUGGCAUACUUGAUACAGAGCCACCGUGUGCGCCUGGAUGAGGCCUUUGAUUUUGUUAAACAACGCCGAGGAGUCAUCUCCCCCAACUUCGGUUUCAUGGGGCAACUGCUGCAGUUUGAGACCCAGGUUCUGUGUCACUGA